AUGUUGAUGCCAAAUGAGAAUCUUCAAAGCAGGCUGCUGCAGAUACUACUAAGGCGGUUAAGGAUUACUCAAAUAGGGUUUCUAUCUAUCUAUCUAUCUAUCUAUCUAUUUCAAUCUGUUCACUAUCCAUCUAUCUAUCUAUCUCAAUCUGCUCAUUAUCUAUCUAUCUAUCUAUCUAUCUAUCUAUCUAUCUAUCUAUCUCAGUCUGUUCAUUAUCUAUCAAUCUAUUCAUUAUCUAUCUAUCUAUUUCAUUCUGUUCAUUAUCCAUCUAUCUAUCUAUCUCAAUCUGUUCAUUAUCUCUCUAUCUAUCUCAGUCUGUUCAUUAUUUCAUUCUAUCUAUUCAUUAUCCUAUCUCAGUCUUUGAUUAUCUAUCUAUCUAAAUAUCUACCUAUCUGUCUGUUCAUUAGCUAUCUAUCUAUCUUUCUAUCUAUCUCAGUCUGUUCAUUAUCUAUCUAUCUAUCUAUCUACCUAUCUAUUUCAAUUUCUUCUUCUUCUUCUUCUUCUUCUUCUUCUUCUCCUCCUCCUUCUUCUUCUUCUUCUUAUACUCCUCAUCCUCCUCCUCCUCCUAAUUUUCUUCUUUUUCUUUUUUCUUCUUCUUCUUCUCCUCUUCCUCCUCCUCCUUCUUCUUCUUCUUCUUCUCCUCCUCCUCCUUCUUCUUAUACUCCUCAUCCUCCUCCUAAUUUUCUUCUUUUUUUUUUCUUCUUCUUCUUCUUCUUCUUCUUCUUCUUCUUCUUCUUCUUCUUAUCCUCCUCCUCCUCCUCCUAA